ACCUAACCCGUCACUAUCUCUGUCUCCAGUAGCCGCCAUGUUGUUCAAACUUCUCUUUCUGGCUGCCAUUACUUUCUUCCUGGCAGUUCUAUGGGAGAGUCCAUCAGCUAGACAUCAGUUUAGAGACGAGUUAGAGAAGGCCAGGGGUCACAUAAACCGCUCAGUUAAAGGCUAUGAAGGAUGGCAGAUCAUAGCUGUGACUGCUGGUGCCACACUCAUCCUUUAUAAACUCUACCUCUUCCUUGUUGGAACUGGAGAGAAGACACUUUGGGAGAGAAUCAAGGGAACCUGUUUUAAAACCGUCCGCUCUCUUCCUUUCAUUAACGGGAAGAUUGAGAAAGAGUUAAAUAAGACACGGAGACUCUUAGAAACUGAACUCUUGACACCAAAACCAGGAGAAACCUUUCACCUUUCGUUACCAGAGAAGGGACUUUCACACGAAGAAAUAAUGAAAGAACUGGAUGGAAUGGAUAAACUUGAACCAUACGACUGGCGAAAAGGAUACACUUCAGGAUGUGCUUAUAACUGCGACGAUAAAUUAACUAAAAUAACUUGUGAUGUAUUUCGGAGAUACUGCUGGACUAACCCACUUCAUCCUGACAUAUUCCCUCAAAUCCGUAAGAUGGAGGCUGAGAUUGUUCAAUGGACGGCUAAACUGUUCAACGGAGGCAGCACGUCCUGUGGGUGUGUCACUUCUGGAGGAACCGAGAGUAUUAUGUUGGCAAUGAAAGCUUAUCGUGGGGUUGGGUACUCUAAAGGUAUCCAGUAUCCCGAGAUAUUAUGUUCUAGCGCUACGCAUGCCGCGUUCAAUAAAGCAGCUCAUUACCUUCGGAUGAAAAUAACGAUCAUUAAAUGUGAUCCACUCUCUCGUCAGGUUGACGUUAAGGCCAUGGCUCGUGCUAUUAAUAGUAACACUGUCGUGUUAGUGGCCAACGCCCCCCAAUACCCGCACGGGGUCAUCGACCCGAUACAGAAGAUAAGUGAACUGGCUCUUAAGAAUAAGAUAGGACUUCACGUGGACUCUUGUCUCGGAGGGUUUCUACUUCCUUUUAUGGAAAGUGCAGGAUACCCUUUAGAUCCGUUUGAUUUCAGGGUACCAGGUGUUACUAGUAUCUCAGCAGACACUCAUAAGUAUGGUUACACUACUAAAGGUUCUUCGGUCGUCUUGUAUCGCAAUAAGGAACUCCGCCAGCACCAGUUCUUUGUGGUGACAGAUUGGGAGGGAGGGAUCUAUCCAUCAGCAUCUGUUGCUGGUAGCAGACCAGGUGGUAUUAUAGCUGCCACGUGGGCAGCAAUGAUGUAUAUGGGUAUGGAUGGGUAUGUUGAAUCCACUCGGUCUAUUGUUAAGACAACUCGCUGGUUGGCACAAGAGCUGAACUCCAUCCCCCACCUCUAUGUGAUGGGUAAUCCCAUGGUUAAUGUGGUCGCUAUUGCGUCUAAGGAUUUCAAUAUUUACGAGUUAAACGAGGAAAUGCGUAAAAGGAACUGGAGCCUGAACCCCCUCCAGUUUCCCCCUGCCGUUCACAUCUGUGUCACUAUGAUACACACUAGGGAUGGUAUGGAUCUAAAGUUUCUAAAUGACGUCAAGGAGUGUGUCUCCCUCAUCAUGAAGGAUCCUGGUAAGAAGGUCUCUGGAGCAGCUGCUGUUUAUGGUACAUCACAGGCAAUUCCUGACCGCUCCAUAAUAUCUGAUAUCGGGUACCAUUAUCUCAACGUUAGCCUCACAGCUGCACCUCUUGAGAAUUAAAGACUGUAAGAAUAUACCGUCGUUGAUAUUGUUAUUAUUAUUACUAUUAUUAUUAAUUAUUAUUAUUUAUUAUUAUUAAUAUUCUCUUGACACACAUAAUAAUCAUUCGGUACCCACACUAUUACUGUUGUUGUUAUUAUUAAUUGUAUUUAAGGAUCAUUUGUGAUUGUUUAUUGUAGUUUGAUUUUCAGUUUACACAAACAGUUAAAGAAUGUA